CGCGGGCCUCGCCGCCUCGCUGGGCGCGGCGGCCUCCGCCGCGCCGCCCCCGGCGGCCGACCCGCUGGUUCUCCGGGACCCCGUGGCGCCGCCGGCGACGCCGCCCUGGCUGUCGGUCUGCUCGGCCUUGGACUGCCCGCCGACGCGGGCGUCGGCAACGGCCGUCUCCACCGCCGCGGCCGUCGCGCCGACGCCGCUGCCGCGGCCGUCGGACGCGUCGGAGCAGGCGGCGCCAGAGGCCGCGGCGGGCGCGCCCGACGGGGCCCCGCUGGAGCGGCCACCGGGCCGCUUCACGGCGCGCCGCCGCCCGCGGGACGGCUGGGAGGACGCCCCGUCAGGCUUAGCCAAUCCGCCGGGCCGCCUGCUGGGGGCCGUAGCCGCUGGCGGCGGCGACCCCCUCUGCUUCGGCGGGGCGAGGGAAGACCCGGCGCUGAACUUCGAGAGCCUCAUCGCCUUCCAGCACCUGGCGGCCUUGGAGGAGGCGGUGAGCAGCGGCGCCGCGCUCGACGGGCGCCUGCCGCUGCUGCCGCAGCGCCCCGCCCCUGGCCCGCGCGGCGGCCGCGG